UGCCUUUUGCGUUCCCAAUCAGGCAUGUUUUCCUGGCUGAGCAGGUUAUUUCACAGGGAGAAUGGCGAUCAAGGAGAGACAAGACCAAGGCAGAAGGAAUCUGGCAUCCCUUCUUGUAAAAACAGAAGAAUGAAAUCAUUCUGGGGAAGGCACAUGUCUGCUGGGAAAACAUCAUCCCAAAAUUGCAACAUUACUAAUCAUAUGAAGAAUAUGAAUAAACUAGAUGAUAUGAAAUUUUAUAUCAGGAAGAUAAAUGCUGAGAGGUUAGAACUUUUUCGAAUCUUGGACAUUGACAUGAAUACUGAUUUGAACUACAGGAUGAACACUGAAUUCACCAUCAUUAAAUCACAACAUGAGAAGACAAUGUUGGAUAUGGAAAAAAUGACGAAGUCAAUAAGUGAUACCAUUGAGAAGUACAAGGAAUUCAUAGAAGAUAAGGAUUCCUACAGGUGUGAAAUACUCCAGCAGAAACUGGAACAUGGAACAGACCAGCACAAGGUCUCCUUUGAAGAUAACUUCUAUAGGGGGAUCUCUGCAUGUACAAAGCAAAUAUUUCAUCUCAUCCCCAGUAACCAUGGCUAUCAUCUGCUGCAUUUUCUUCCUUUACUUUUGUUUCCUUGCAAUGAAUAGCCCUUAAAUCAUCUGGGCUCUGGCUCAGCAAGAGUGAACAUGCAGAGGGAUUCAGACAUGUGCUGAGACACAUCAAGAGCUGCUGGGAAAACAGGAAGAUUCUGAGAGUGUAAAUUUUUCUUGUCCUGAUAGGUCAUCAAGGAAAAUUACAAAAUCAUUCUACAAAAUCACAAAGACUUUGACCUAAAUUCUGUAACAUGUUUUCUGCUUAGUCUUGGGUGUCCAUAUUCUUCAAAACCGUACUCCAAAAAAGAGACCUACUUACAUUCCUCUUGUAAAGACUGUUAUCAGAAGUAACUUAUUUUCUACUGUGUUGCCAAAGACAGCCAUGGGCUGUAAGUCUGUGCUGCUAAAUGACAGCCAAAGAAGGCUCUUUAGCACAAUUCUUGCUUUUAGAUUUUGGUUUGAGCUUUGAUUACUUUUGUUCUUUGGUUUUC